AUGGAACGAUCAAGAAUUCGUAUGGACCCAUAUCGAUCUUGGCACGAAAAAACUACGUUGGGCGGCCUUUCUAAAUUGUGUUCUCUCACGCUUCCUGAAGACGACAUCGUUAUCAUCGGGGACUUCAACCUACCAGGAUUUAAGUGGAUUCCCUCGCAAGGCAAUUUUUUGUUUGCCGAUCCAACCAGAUCUUCGUUUACGGUGCCUUCCAACACGAUUCUCGACUCUCUAAGCACGGCAACUCUCCGCGAGAUCAACAGCAUAGAGAAUGAAAAUGGUCGCAUGCUCGAUCUCUGCUUCAUCAGCGACGGACCCCAAUUGGCUACGAUUGAAGAGGCUCCUACGCCCUUGGUCAAGGUUGUUCCUCAUCGCCCUGCUCUGCUGCUUUCACUUGAUAUUCCUAGAGCUUUUGCCCACAUCGAAAAACCUGGUCAAUUCUUUCUCGACUUUAAGAACGCUGAUUUUGUCGCUGUUUCACAAACGCUCGAUGCUAUCGACUGGGAAUCUGAACUGGAAUCUUUCGAUCCGAACGCUGCAGCUAUGAAAUUUUCCCAUAUAAUCAAUUACAUCAUCGAUCGGCACGUACCGAAACGCUCAUCAGUUUCUAACCUACGAGCUCCUUGGGUAACGAAAGAACUGCGACAAAUGAAAACGCUCAAGAAUAAAGCUCUCCGUUAUUACACUAGGCACAAAACUCUCCGCGCUAAAAAUGAGUAUUGCAAACUCAACUCAGCUUAUAAAAAACUAUGCUCACGCUGCUACCAGAGCUACUUAAUUCGGAUACAGCGAGAUUUCAAAACAAAAACCAAAUCAUUUUGGCAGUACACCAAGGACCAGCGGAAAGAAUCCGGCCUACCGCCCUCCAUGUUUCUGGAUGAUAAUUUAGCGACUUCGGAACCUGAAAUCUGUGACCUCUUCGCUGACAAAUUCCGUAGUGUAUUUGACUCAAACUCAAUAUCCUCGGACCUCCCUCAUUUGAACACAUGGCUGAAUCAAAUUGUUGUAGACGACGAUAUUAUUUUGAAAGCGACCGCUAAGCUGAAACACAGCCUUUCCGCAGGACCAGAUGGCAUACCAGCUACCUUCUUGAAGCGAUAUAUAUCACAUAUGCUGAUACCUCUAAAAAUAAUCUUCCGAGUUUCACUCGAUCAGUCUACGUUCCCAUCCUUAUGGAAAGAGGCCUAUAUGUUUCCGGUGCACAAAAAAGGGGACAGACGAAAUGUGAACAACUAUCGUGGCAUUUCUGCCUUAUGUGCGAUAGCCAAAUUGUUCGAGCUGGUUGUUUUGGAACCCAUUUUUUCGUAUUGCAAGCCUUAUUUCUCAAAUGAACAACAUGGAUUUAUGCCCAAGCGCUCUACGACUACAAACCUGUUGACAUUCACGUCUACUGUGCAAGACAGUUUUGCCAUGGGAUCUCAAACCGACGUCAUCUACACUGAUCUGUCAGCUGAUUUCGACAAGGUGAACCAUUCCAUAGCCAUCGCCAAACUCGAUCGUAUUGGUAUCUGCGGGUCUCUACUGGAAUGGUUCCGCAGCUACCUGCCCAGGCGGGAAAUCGUAGUGAGCUUGUUCACAUUAUAUUUUCUCUGGAUUGUUUGUGGAGUGAACGAAAUCGCAAGUGAUCGUCAUCGGCAAUCAGUAAACGAAUGCGUUUACACUCAGUAA